UAAAAGAGACUCAGCCAGCCAGUGCUGCAUAGGUGUUUGAGGCUCCAAAGGGAUUCCAGCAUUUCCUUGGAGUGACUGGUGCUUGGAGGACAGGCUGAGCUGUUUGGUGAGAUAGGACUGACAGUGAGGGUAGCCCGAAGGAGCAACUCAGCAGCUGAUUGGGGAGCAGCAGGGCAACAGCAAGCACUCCUCACUGACAGGUAUUCGGAACCGUGACAUCAGAAUUCAAAAAGCAACAUUGACACAAGGGAAAGGAGCCAUCUCAAGAGAAGCUGAAAUCAGUGACACAGAAGAUGUGGAUUGCUUUUUUCCUGCUGUGUGUUUGUGCGCUCUGCUCUGCAGAUUGGUAUAGACAACAAGCAGAGGUGCUAAUGAAACAAACUCCUCUUAUUGAUGGACACAAUGAUCUCCCCUGGCAACUUCUACUGAGCUUUCACAACCAACUAAGCAAAGUGGAUCUGAACAAGCUAAAUAAAACCCACACUAACAUCCCCAAAUUGAGAAAAGGUCUUGUAGGAGGACAGUUUUGGGUUGCAUAUACACCAUGUGACACCCAGUACAAGGAUGCUGUGAGGCAAACCCUGGAACAAAUAGAUGUCAUACAUAGAAUGUGUAUGAAGUAUCCUCAAACUUUCCAAUAUGUAGAUUCAAGUAGGGGCAUACGGCAAGCUUUCGCAAGUGGUAAACUGGCCAGUUUAAUAGGCUUGGAGGGGGGACAUUCCAUUGACAGCAGCAUGGCUACACUACGCCUCUUCUACCAGCUGGGCGUACGUUACAUGACCCUCACACACAGCUGCAAUACGCCAUGGGCUGAUAAUUGGCUUGUGGAUACAGGUAAAGACCCAGCAGAGAGUAAUGGACUGUCUGACUUUGGAAAGAAAAUUAUUGGAGAAAUGAACCAAUUGGGAAUGAUCAUUGAUCUAGCUCACACUUCCGUCAAGACCAUGAAUGACGUCCUGGAAAUUUCAAAGGCUCCUGUCAUAUUUAGUCAUUCAAGUGCCUAUGCCGUGUGUAAACAUAGACGCAAUGUACCAGAUGACGUUUUGAAAAAAGUGCGUGAGAAGAAUGGAAUUGUAAUGGUGAACUUCUACAACGACUAUGUCACUUGCAAGUCUACAGCUACGCUAUCAGAUGUGGCAGAUCAUUUUGACCACAUUAAAAAAGUUGCUGGCUACAAAGCUGUGGGAUUUGGUGGUGAUUAUGAUGGUGUUACCAGAGUUCCUGAAGGUUUGGAUAAUGUAUCCUACUAUCCCGAUUUAGUAGCUGAACUACUGCGGAGAAAUUGGACUGAUACAGAAGUGAAAGCAGCCCUUGGAGAAAAUUUUCUACGGGUUUUUCAGCAAAUAGAGGAGGUAGCGAGAAACUCAACCUCUCCUAUAGCCGAAGAGCCCAUUCCACAUGAUCAGGUUCGGAAUCAAUGCAGGACUGGCUAUGGUUACGGCGAACAAAAUAAUGGAAAUCCACUGACUUUGAUGCCUGCAGUUAUCACAGCAGCUUCCCUCACAUACCACUUAUUAGUGUAAGGGCCAAGCAAGAUAAAAGGAAGCUGCAGCCCCUGAGCAUAACACUCACUCAACAAAGACGACUUAACUAAAAGGAAAAAAAUGUAGAAGAGUAGAAUUUUUAUGAGGUUUCUUCUCAUCUUUCUGCAGAACUAGCGAAGAUCCUGAGGAUACGGGCAUAAUUGGCUACUUGUGUUCUUUUAACAGAACUCCUCAGUGUUAACUUCAUGCACAAGUAUAUUGCUUUAAAACACAACCCAAACCGGCACCCAAUGUUGUACUGUUAACCAUUCUUAGAAGCCAUUAAGUUUAUAAGUAAGAACUCAGGACUCCAAAAUAAAAUACAGUUUAUACCUGAAUCAAAAUACAUCAUUGCCAUAUUAUAUACAAUUCCGUACAGUAUUAUGUUUGGAGUUGCAAAUACUGUAUAUCUAUUGAUAAGACAGGUUGCUGCCUGCUGUUUUGAAUUAGAUUAUUUCAUGAGAAACUCAUGAAAAAAAUUAUACAAAGAGAUCAUUUAACUCAACAGUUCCAUGUUGAUAUACUUUCAGUCACGAUUCCCUGAACUGUCAAUCUGAUCUACUCUCAAAUGUUAGCUUGGGCUUUGCAUUAACUCUAGUAAUCAGAGUGAAGCCGUCGACCAUGGAUAUUGCAUUGAAGUUGGCUAUGUUAACGCAAGCCAUGGUUGUAUGAUAUGGAGAACAAGCUGUUGCCUAUGCAGCAAGCUCCCCCUCUCCACACAGCUGAUGAAUCCAAAGGAAUGGCAGAGACUGAUACCGUUUGGCAUUUGCGACAUCGCUGGAGUUGCCGCUCAGUGUUGAAUUUAACGUACGACAGCCUUAGGAAGCCGGGCUGGGUUUUUCCUCAUGGUUUACUCCCAAAGCCUUCCCCAUGAGUGGGUUUAGCCACAAGACAGAGGAGGCUUGACAUCAGUUUUCAUUCUCCGAGAUAAUCUGCCAAGGCUGCCUGAAGCAACUGUGUUUAAGGUGCCAGUAAUCUGCCUUUGCCCCUUCUCCUUUUGGGAGAAACAGUUCCACCAGGCUUAGUAGCUAAGCCACACGUGAAGGCCAGGAGCUGGACUUGGUUGUCGGAGGCUAUUUGAGAUACACGCCAUUUAUUGUUGUUGUUUUGUAUGGCAGGUGUUUUUCUCUUUACACUUCUAAUGGAUUUUUGUCAAGCCACUCCUCCUGAAGUGUGCCCAUUUGGGAUGCCAUUGGGAGCACUUAACAGAGAGUGGGAACUUAUCCUCACUAUUCCCCGGCUACGACGACCUUAAGGAACCCCAGUAAUCAGAAUUGUCUGUGUAAAACAAGCUCUGAUAUCGCUCCCGAAUUUAUUUACUCUUUUGUCUUUGAAUCCCCAUUCCCGACCUUUCUUUACCAGAUGCUAUCUGUUGUCUAACAUCCUUCCAUUAUAUCCUCCAGUUACCUGAUCCAGAACAAACCAAAGUAUAUUUUUCAUGUCUUUCCUUUGUAUUUUCAGUGGCCCUGGCUUGCAGGAUACGAAUGUAGUCUCUAUUAUUAAAUAUACAUUCAAAAUCUAUUAAAAAUUAUUCACUUAUUUAAACCAGUUAAAUGUCCUGAAAAGAUCUAGAAAAACCUAAAUAUCUUGGUAAACAAAGUCCAUUAAAUGCAUAUAAUUCAGACUGACCCAGUUCAGCAAAAAACAAAGUCUGUAGAUAUGGAAGAUUGAAAUAAAAUCCAAACUGCCGUAAAGGCGCCCGUGGGGAUUAUUCUGAAGAAUGAUCAUUGAACUGCUCCUUUUAGCUGUUUCUCCCCUCACAAGUGCUG